AUGAAGUUGUUCCAAGGACUUCGGGGCAGGAGCCUUUACCUGCUCAUGAAACUCGUGUGCGGUACCUCGUUCAUGAUGUACGGCUACGAUGCUGGAGUUCUGGGCGGCGUCCUGCUCCACAACCCCUUCAUUGAGGCCAUUGGGCUGGAGAACACCAGCCAAUACACAAUCCCUAUGAUAUCCAGCUCGUACAGUCUGGCAGCUUUCGUCACCUCGGUGGUGGUAGGAUUCUUCUCCUUCAGGCUGGGACGCCGUGGCACCAUCGUCUUGGGAAACGUCGCAGCCAUCAUUGGCUCUAUCAUCCAGGCGUCGUCGUACAGUAUCGCUCAACUGAUAGUCGGAAGAUGCUGCACGGGCUUCGCCAUCGGUUGCAUCUCGUCAUCCGUUCCAAUCUACCUGUCAGAGACCGGAGUUGAUUCUGGGGACCGCGGCCCUGCCAAUGCCCUGAACGCCAUCAUGUUGAUCUCCGGUGUUCCCUUGGCCUACUGGAUCGACUAUGGCUUUACCAAGAUGAACAACCAGGCCUCCUGGCGAGUACCCAUCAUCUUCCAGGUCGUCUUUGCUCUGAUUGGCGGCGGCUCAAUGCUCUUUCUUCCGGACACUCCAAGAUGGUAUUAUGCUCAGAAUCGUAUCCCAGAGGGCGAUGCCAUCCUAGCGCGUCUCCAUAACGUUCCUUCUCCGGACGAUCCUCUCGUCCAACAGACCAGGCAGGAAAUCAUGUUGGCCAUUGAGUCCGAGUUGGAGGCCAGUGCCAGCCUGCAUUGGCAGCAAUUCAUCACCUCGGGCAUCAUUGACCACUCACCUCUCAAAAUCGCGAGACGAUUGUGUAUCUGCUUCUGGUUACCUUUCAUUAGGGAGUGGAUGGGCUCGAGUCUCAUGGCGUAUUACAGCUCUAUCAUCCUGUCCAACACUGGAGCCACUCCAGCCUUGAUCUCGGCACUCGCUGGGGUUCAAAACAUCAUCUUUGCCCUCGGCUGCGUGCCACUCUAUUUCACGAUUGAGCGUACAGGUCGCCGGAGCACACUUCUCCACGGGGCAGUGGCAAUGACACUUCUUCUCGUCAUUUUCAUUGCUCUGGUUGCCGUGCCCCAGACAACAUCGAUCCGAUGGGCCUCGAUUGCGAUAUUGUGGCUCUUCCUUUUCAUCAUGGGCUAUGCCUACGAGGGAGCAGUCUGGCUGUAUUGUGCCGAAAUUUCUCCACUGGAGUAUCGCCACGUCGGUGGUGCCGCGACGAGCGCCGGUGAGUGGCUGGGGACAUUCCUGACAGUCUUUGUGGGACCCAUUGGCUUCGACAACUGCGGAUGGCAUUUUUGGUUCUGGGUGUUGAGCGGAAACCUGGUCGCCGUGGUGUUCGUGUUCUUCCUGUGCCCUGAGACCGGCGGGAAGACUUUGGAACAGGUCGACGGGCUGUUUACGACUGGUGGGAUCAUGGCCGGUAUAUCUAAAGUGCCUUACGGCCAGGAGGACUGGGUUGAGACGUCCCAGAAGGAGCCAAAGGCUGAUGACAACACCACAACGAUCAAAUGA